AUGGUAGAAGUAGAACAAAAUCCUCCAAUGCUUGAUCUAUCCCCUAAAUGGCCUAAAAACACCUUGCACUCAACACUUUCAGAGCUUAAAUUGCAAUGGCGAAUGUCGAUUCCGUUGGUGGCAAUGAAUUUCUCGUGGUUCGCCAAAAUAGCGAUCACCACGGCAUUUCUGGGACGGCUUGGAGAGCUUCCACUCGCCGGUGGGACCCUCGGUUUCACCUUUGCUAAUGUGACAGGUUUUUCUGUAUUGAAUGGGCUCUGUGGUGCAAUGGAACCGAUAUGUGGGCAGGCCUUUGGUGCUAAGAAUUUUAAGCUCCUUCAUAAGACACUUGUUAUGGCUACUUCUUUAUUACUAGCAGCAUCAGUUCCAAUUGCUUUCUUGUGGCUAAAUGUUGAUAAAAUACUUAUUCACUUUGGCCAACAAGAAGAUAUUUCGAUUACUGCUAAGAAUUAUCUGAUGUAUCUCCUCCCUAAUUUGGUUAUAACUGCAUUAUUAUGUCCUCUAAAGGCCUAUUUGAGUACACAGAACAUAACAGUACCAAUCAUGUUGAGCUCAGCAAUGGCAGUAGCAUUGCACAUACCGCUUAACGUGUUACUUUCAAAGGCAAAAGGUCUCGAGGGAGUUUCGAUGGCAGUGUGGAUAACUGACCUUUUAAUUGUGAUAUUGCUCGUUUCGUACAUGUUGGUAGUAGAGCGUAGAAAGGGCGGGAAAUGGAAGGACGGGGGCUGGUGGGAGCAUGGGAUUAACGAUUGGACGAGGUUGCUCAAGUUAUCAGUGCCAUGUUGCCUAACAACUUGUCUCGAGUGGUGGUGUAUCGAGAUAUUAGUCCUGCUAACUGGGCGCCUGCAGAAUGCGAAACAAGCAGUAGGAGUGCUGGCAAUUGUGUUGAAUUUCGACUACUUGCUGUACUCUGUGAUGCUUUCUCUAGCAACUUGUGCAUCAAUUCGCGUGUCAAAUGAACUAGGAGCAAACCGUGCUGGAUUGGCCUAUCGGUCAGCAUCCAUCUCUCUAUGCAUUAGCAUAGUGUGCGGCUUUAUUGGUGGCUCAACAAUGGUGGCAGCCAGAGGCGGCUGGGGACGAUUAUUUAGCCAUGAUAAGGGGAUCAUAAAAACUGUAAAGAAGACAAUGCUGCUAAUGGCUAUAGUAGAAGUCGUUAAUUUUCCCUUAGCCGUUUGUGGAGGCAUAGUGCGUGGAACAGCCCGACCGUGGUUGGCCAUGUACGCUAAUCUCUGCGGGUUUUAUAUGCUGGCUCUGCCUUUGGGAGUGAUUUUAGCCUUCAAAAUCCUUCUCGGGUUGGGGGGAUUGUUGAUGGGGUUCUUGGCAGGUAUGGUUUCUUGCUUGAUUCUGUUGCUGGUGUUUGUUGCGAGAAUCAACUGGUGUGAAGAAGCUGAGAAGGCACAGAGACUCAUUGGCCAUGAGCAAGAACUAGUGGUUAAUAAAACUGAAGAUCAUAAGAGUUUGGCAAUAGUUGAUAGUACUGUCUUAUUUUCAGAACAGAACACCAAUUAA